UAUUACCUCAUUUCAUAAGUUCAUACAUACUCUGCAAGCCAAAGGAGUAAGAUCUUACAUUAGAACUAUACGAGAAGUAACACCUUCUCGAUGUGGAAUAUGGUGGGGAGGUAUGAGAGAGGAGAAGAUGAGCUUACAUCAACAUGCAUAGUUGACUUGGUAACUGAAAAAAGAUGGAUCAUAUAAAGAUAAGACGGUGUCGCAAUUUUUAAUGGGUUUUGGAGGAAAAAGGUUCGGAGCGAAGGACUCAUUCAUUGAUUUGAUUUGAAGUAGAAGAAGUGAGAAGUCAAUUGGAUUUCUUGUCAUCAGUCAAGUAAGGUUCUAUAUACCUACCUUUACCUAGGUCUGUAUUUUAUAAUAUUCACUUGGUUCCAAUCCUGACUGUUCUAAUUACUUAUUCACCAAUUCACCAAUUCACCAAUUCCCUUAUUUUCAAUCUUGUGAUCUCUCUGAUUGAUCAAAUGUUACACCAAUGAACCUCAUCCUGUUGCAGCAGAGGAGAAUCUGUUACAUGAAAAUGGAAGGGAAGGAUGUAUCAUUAGACUGACAUCAUAUACAGCCAAUCAAGGUGUUUUUUAACCGUACUGGAUGGAAAUUUGAUGGUCUAUCAGGUUUCUUCAUAAACAAAUCCUCGAACAUCACAGAUCUACCAAAGCCCAUAUCAAACAACAUGGUUUCUAAAAUCUAUACUGGUUGUGCGAUUCUCGCAUUCUUCCAAUGUGCUUUCUCUCAUCAAUUAUAUCCUGAUGGUUUUGGUGGAAAACUAAGCGUAUGUUCCCUUUCACCUCCUCUCACCUCCUCUCCAUAUCUGCCAAGUCCCACUGGUCACUUAGUUGCUUCCUUACACCUACCUACAUUACUCCAAAGCUCACCCCUGGCAAAUAGAGAACCACCAUUCCCCGUCGAGAAUUAGCACUAUCCAAACGCGAUAACAUCGAUCCCUCCCUCCUCUACCCAACUUACAAUCUCAGCGUUCCGAUUGAUUAUUUCCACAAUGAAUCCCGUUAUGAACCUCACAGUAAUGGAACAUUUCCACUCCGCUACUGGUUCGACGCCACCUACUAUAAAUCUGGUGGACCAGUGAUCGUCCUUCAAUCAGGAGAAACCGAUGCUACAGGUCGAUUACCAUUUUUACAAAAUGGUCUCCUACAUCAAUUGGCUGUCGCGACAAAUGGUAUUGGUGUUGUGCUCGAACAUCGUUACUAUGGUGAAAGUAUCCCAACCCCGGAUUUCUCGACCAAGAAUUUGAGAUUCUUGACUACAGAACAAGCAUUGAUGGAUGAGGUUUAUUUUGCUAGGAAUAUUGUAUUUCCGGGAUUGGAAGAUCAGAAUCUUACAGCACCAAAUGUCGCUUAUAUUGGUUAUGGAGGUUCUUAUGCUGGUGCUUUCAAUGCUUUCUUGCGAAAGUUGUAUCCAGAUACUUUCUGGGGUAAGUUGUUUCCUUUCUUCCUGAAUUCUGCAAAUGAUAAUAUGACUAACAUGACUAGGUACAAUUUCUUCCAGUGGCGUCGUAGAAGCCAUCUAUGAUUACUGGACUUACUUUGAGCCUAUUCGCGUUUUUGCCGAUCAAAAAUGUAUCAAAAAUACUCAACUCAUCACUAAUUCUAUGGAUAACAUUGUCAUUGGACAAGAAAACAACACGGCUUUAGUCCAAGAACUCAAGACUGUUUGGGGACUUCCAAAUGUUACUUAUAGUAAUGAUUUCAUGUCAGUAGUCAUGUACGCAAUGUCGGAAUGGCAAAGUAAGAAUUGGGAUCCAGCAGUUGAAGGAACACCAUAUUUCGAUUAUUAUUGUGGUAAUGUUACCAGUAACAAGCUUCUCUGGCCAAGUUUGAAUAGCUCUACAACGGAGGUUCAGAAAUUACUUACGAAGGGUGGUUAUGGUUCUCAACUUGGUAACUUGACAAUUCCGUAUCUUAAUUGGAUUGGUUGGUUGACUGGUAAGGAUUCCUCCCCAUGUCUCACUUAUUUUUCCUACAAAACGCUAACGUAUCACAGAUUACACUUCUGCAAACUUCGGCGAUUGUUCUCCCAGCCAAGAUUCCUGCUACUCAACCCACAACCUUACCUACUACGCACAAGACGACUCAUCUCAAUCUUGGCGUCUCUGGCCCUACCAAUACUGUACCGAAUGGGGCUAUCUUCAAAACGGAGCUUCGGUUCCCGCAAACCAGCUUCCAUUAUUAUCCCGCACCAUCGAUCUCCCGUACCUCUCCAUCAUCUGCGAAGCCUCUUUCAACAUCACCACACCCCCGGCCGUCGAAAAUAUAAACAAACACGGCGGUUUCAACCUCAGCUACCCACGUCUCGCAUACAUCGACGGUGAACAAGAUGUUUGGCGUCCAGCAACCCCUCACGCAUCACCUUUCAACACCACAGCUCAUAACCGUACCUCUUCCACUUCCCAACCAUUCAUCUUAAUCGAAGGAGCAGUCCAUCACUGGGAUGAAAAUGGAGUUUUCCUAAACGAUACCACUCGUGACUUUCCUCCAAAACCAAUUAAGAAAGUACACAGUCAAGAAGUCAAGUUUGUGAAAAAGUGGAUGGAGGAAUGGAAGAAGGAUUGUGAGAAGAAGGGAAGAGAACUUCUUUAAGUUUUUUGAUUUCGUCUAGAGAUGAGUCUGUCGGGCCUUGAUUGAUGAUAUAUAUGAGUAUAUUUAUGAUAAUUCGUAUGUGCAUAUGAUUUCUAUGCAUACAAAUGUAUUCUAGACAUGGAAGUGGGAGAAACGAGCUUGUGAAAACGAAAUGAAGCGAGUGAGUAAUUAAUUAAAUAGAUAGUUUAAGGAUUAUUCUUAUUUUUAUUUUUAUCUUUUU